AAAGAUGAAGGUCGGUCAUAUAACUACUUUUGGCGCGAAUAUGCAAAAUACCCACUCAAUACCCGAAUCUCAUCAGUCGUCAAAUCAAACGCGCCUCUGUGAAUCAUCAUUUCCACAAAUUCACGCCUUUCUGUAGUCGGCCUAAUUUUAUUACACAGUAACGCAUCAAUCUCCCCAGACGACAAGCCAUGCCUCCCCUCAAAUUCCAAUCUUUUUUCUCAACAACUGAUAGAGAGAUUCCGAUUUCAGGAAUUCCGAUUUCUUCGGAUGAAUCUUACCAAAAAACAGAUUUGACGCCGCUUGCGGCAGUGGUGGAUGCGUUUGAGCAAAUUUCGGCGGUGCUCAAGGCGAAGGGGCUUCAUCACGAUCUCGAUUUGAAAACGUUCUGCGAUGCGUGCUCUCUCGUGUCGGUGCUAUUUGGGUGUUUAGGCAUCGCGUUCAAAUUUGCUGAGAUGGAGUAUGUUUCCAAGGUAAAUGAUCUCGCGGAAGCAUCACUAAGAUAUAGAACAUUGAAUAGCGUACUUGAUUACGACACACAACAUAACUCAGUCAGGACUCAAGGGAGUCUUUCGCGUAAUUUGCGUAGAGUCAGGCAGGGCCUUGAUCUCAUUAGAGCUCUGUUCCAAAACUUUUUGUCUUCAAAUGAUUAUUGCUUGAAAGAUGCUGCCUCAGCUGCUUAUGCAAAAACAUGUGCCCCUUAUCACUCUUGGGCGGUGAAGACUGCUGCUUAUGCUGGUAUGUAUGCGCUGCCAACGAGGGAUCAGUUGCUAGUGAAGCUAAAUGAAACCGAGAACUCUGCUGAGAAGGAAAUGAUCAGAUACAUAAAUGCCUCGCUUCCAGUCAUCGAGUACAUUGAUAAUCUGUACAUUUCGAGACGUAUCAGCUUGGAUUGGUAAGCUUGUUCCAGUGGAGAUCCCCAGUCACUCCAGAUUUGAAUUGUGGAUAUAAAAUCUAAGCUUUAGGCUCUAGUACAUGAAUACCUCAAGGAGAUAUGACUACUUAUGCUUUUAUUUAUGGUCUCAAGAAUUCCAAGCAAAUUGAACUUUGCUGUAUAACGAUCACUUUGUGGCUUAAUAUAUCUAGUGCUAAUUUGAAAGUUA